UGAUUUGAAAGACAACCAUUUCAGAAUAUCAUUUUACUUUUUCCAACAUCUCCGUCAUUCACUUCUUCACCUAUCUUUCCAGCUCUUUGAAUCUCUAGAUCAUGUCUGAACGUAUUCGCAACUUCUUUUCUUACCACAAUCUUCCUGAGGUAGAAGACGGCUCUUCGGGUGACGGCGAGCCCUUUCUUCAUUCAGUGUCUACCGAAAAGCUUAGAAAAUCUCCAAGAACUUCAGUACUUCCAUGGAUGAUUUCUACAUUUUCCCUAGCCCUUUGUCUUCUUGCAACUCUUCUCAUCAGUUAUCCAUUCAAACGAAUCGCUAGUUAUGAGACGGGAUUUGCAACAGAGAUGCAGGCUAGAGUACAUAUCAUUGAGACAGAAGAAGUACAUUUCUGGGGUGGCAUCAGAGCGCAUCCAAACGGUACUUUCUACAUGCAUUUCGAUCCCACUACAGACGUGAGAUAUGUUGGAAAACCUACAGCAGAGAUAGAUGAGGCAUGGAACAAACUCACCGGGCGAUUUGUGACGCUUACAAAAGAAGAGUCUGAGAGUAUCAGAGGCGAAAUAUCAGAAUACAAACCGGGUGGGUAUCUGGCUGCGACUGCAUCGCAACACAACCUCCAUUGCUUAAACUACAUCCGGCAAUGCUUAUACGAUGACCAUUAUCCAGAUGUUCACACGUCCAGAGAAGGCAUCCCAGAGUACUGGUUACACAUCGAUCACUGUAUUGAUACACUUCGACAAAUGCUUCAACGUGCUGGCGACAUGACACCUGUUCCUAAGGCAUACACAGAAAUGACCCAUACUUGCCGAAAGUUUGGAAAUCUUCUCGAGCGGACUCAACAUAGAUAUAAGCAAACACUCUGAAUGCUACUAAAUCUUGUUGGAAGGCAGACUUGAGGAUCUGGAAAAUUGUCGUCUCGAGGCUCAGUUCGACGGCUAAACCCUUAGCAUCAGGUCCACUGAUAGACUACUCUACAUUUCGUAUUUAAGAAUGCAAGAAUCUUUACAUUAAACAAUGAAUUCCCUAUGCCUUAGAAAGCGCCAGUAUCAAAAUCCA